GGAACAUGAAUGGUUUAAGCAGGACCUUCCAAAAUACUUGUUUCCUGAAGACCCCUCAUACAGCUCUACCAUGAUUGAUGAUGAAGCCUUAAAAGAAGUGUGUGAGAAGUUUGAAUGCACUGAAGAGGAAGUGCUAAGUUGUCUAUACAGCCGAAAUCAUCAGGACCCUUUAGCAGUUGCUUAUCACCUCAUUAUAGAUAACAGAAGAAUAAUGAAUGAGGCCAAAGACUUCUACUUGGCUACAAGCCCACCGGAUUCUUUUCUUGAUGAUCACCAUCUGUCUCGCCCUCAUCCUGAACGAGUGCCAUUUUUAGUAGCUGAAGCACCACGUCCUCGCCAUACUCUUGAUGAGCUGAAUCCACAGAAGUCAAAACACCAAGGUGUGAGAAGGGCUAAGUGGCACUUGGGAAUACGAAGUCAGAGCCGACCAAAUGAUAUCAUGGCUGAAGUUUGUCGAGCAAUUAAACAGCUGGAUUAUGAAUGGAAGGUUGUAAACCCAUACUAUCUGCGUGUUCGAAGGAAGAAUCCGGUAACAAGUGCGUAUUCCAAAAUGAGCCUGCAGUUGUAUCAGGUGGACAGCAGGACGUACUUACUGGACUUCCGCAGCAUUGAUGACGAAAUUACUGAAGCAAAGUCUGGGACUGCAACUCCACAGAGGUCAGGUUCUGUGAGCAACUACAGAUCCUGUCAGAAAGAUUCAGAUGCUGAUGCACAAGGAAAAUCUGCAGAUACAUCCCUUACCUCAUCAGUGAGCUCUUCGCUUGACUCUUCUACAGCUGACUUAACUCCAAGACCAGGGAGUCAUACAAUAGAGUUUUUUGAGAUGUGUGCAAAUCUUAUUAAAAUACUUGCACAGUAGGUUUGAAGAUGGGCUUAUUUCUUUUAAUAGCAAUAAGCAUGCCUAAAUCAUAGUCUGAUGCUUCCAAUUAUAGUCAAGUUAAAUUAACUAAGGCGCUGAAAAAGCUAGCCACAGAAUGCAGUUUGCACGGGGAUUUAAAUGAUUAUGGGCAGGUAACGUAUAUUACUUUGAAGCUGGAGUGAAUUCUGAUUGUCUGCUAUUCGGUAGUGUCAACAGGUACAGGAAAUCAUAUGCCCUUUGGGCAG